AGUGCCGCCCAUCCCCCAAUCGACUCUCAAUCCCCGACGACAAAAACAACCUCGACUCACCUCUUUGUUGCCACAACCGGGAAAAGAGCCCCUUUCUUCGUCGUCGUCGCCUUCAGUCUCUCGCCUCCAAGUGGCCUCAGGUUUUUCGGUGGUCUUCUCCUACGUGGUCCUGGCAGCUUUUGUCCCGUCGGGGUGCUUGUUGUUGGGUGCCAAUGGGCGUCGUUUGGUCGUGGAGCCGAGCUGAACAUGAAUUCACCUCGGCGCACGAUACUCCGCGAAGCCGAGGACCUAAAAUGACAUUCAGCUUGUAAAUAAUAACAUAUAAACACGUAAUAAGCGACUUCCGUGAUGCGCAAGAUGACGCAGUUUCGCUCCCAUUGUCCGGAAAGUUGUUUUGACUGUCGCGAGUACAUAUUUGCAUAAUUGCGCGUCAUUAUUUAGCAACAACGAUACCAGCUCGGUAAAUUUCUAUUCUGGCUCAAUAUUAUUUAGCUGUUUAGGAAAACAAAAAACGGCGAUUUUAAGUCUUUCUUACCGACUUCUUCAGGCUUGGUUAUUUAAGCCUUUCGUCUGGGUCACGAUGGAAAUGGUUAAGAAUCCCUCGGUUGAUGUUAAAAGGGAAGCGCAGUGCUGUAUAUUCCCACACAUACACCUGAAAAGCAUUUGUGGGUAAAAAGAUAACGAUAUGAGCCACUCCUCUCUCCAACAACUGCGUCUGAAUUGCAACAAAAUGUCCUCCUCGGUAGACCUAUGUAGCCCUCGGCAGCCCUACCUCCCACCAAUCACAUCGCAAGCUGGAACAGCUCCGACCAAUCGGCGACAAGCAUGCCAGACGCGUUCAAGUCUGUUGCCAGACUGGUGACGUCAGUGGCCGACUUGCCUUCCUUUGUGGCGAAAUGCUUCGUUCCUCAUUGAAAAAAAAACACAGAAACAUACACACAAACACAUGUCGAUUCUCCAAUUACUUUCCGCUUUUUCAUGACGUUUAUUACCAAUUUAAACGCAAUAGCAAGCAAUGCUUACUGAAGCUACGUGUCCACAAUAAGAGGUGGAUUAGAAGUUAUGUAAUGUCAAUCCUUUGCAGAAUAUAAACACGCAAUUCACCGCUUUGCUGACGACAUAACAUUCAAUUUGAUGUUUGUCAUUGCAAUUCUUUGUCCUUACAUUUGCAACAGGCUGAAAUAAGACCCUUUGCCCAUCCCCCUCUUCCAUCAUGAUAAACAAAACAAUGACUGGCUUUACAGCAUGAUUUUAGGUCCUAAUACCAUUUUUAUAUUCCCAUUCCUAUUAUCUGCACCCUGCCACAUGUUAUAGUCGUUAAAAAACUCACAUUCCAAGAAGUGCAACGUCAAACUGUCGGAACAAAUGGGAACUCCAUUGUGGGUGCAGGGGUGUUGUUUUAUGUUUGGGACCUAUUGCUUCUGAACAUGUUCAAUUGGACUUCAACAUCCUGUGGAGCAAAACAGUGUUAGGUUUAGCACGAACAGAAGUAAUAAAAAAAAACAGUGCCUGACCUGACUGAUAAAGUCAAUACAGCAACAGUCGAACCAACCCUGUAAAAAGUUACAAUUGCUACUGCAUUGUUGGCAGAAAAGUCAGCUUUGUCCACUCAAAAUCGUCCACUUUCAGAACAAUACUUAUGUUUUUAGUCUUAAACAGCCAACAGCAAUUAGGUAUAUGGCUGUAUCGAUAGUGUGUUGUGAGAGCUAUCACUAUAGUGAUACUUUUCCCACUCUUCCCGAGACAAGUUUGUACUAGUUCAACCAUUUAAUGCUACCAAAUAAAGUCACCAAACUGUUAGAAAAAAGCUCAGAGUAUGAUAAAAAUAAAACACACACACACACGUUAGGAUUAGGGUUAGGUCAUGAUUGUUCCAAAACUGAUAGUAUGACCUUGGUGUGUGUGUUUGCAGUGAAGAGUCCAAAACUACUGGAUCAAUGACCCAUAAGCGAGUCCACUGUCGUAUUCUCUUUAAGAGGACUUUAAGAAGUUGCAACAACAACAGCAGACCAGCUGGAGGCCAUGGAAGGACACUCCCUCGGAGUAACACUGGAAAGGAGUAGUGAACCUUCACAGGGAAUGGUCGGCUAACCAAAAUUACCCCAAGAGCACAGCGACCAUUCAUUCAAGAGGUCACAAAAGACCCCACAUCCAAACAACUGCAGGCCUCACUUCCCUCAGUUAAGGUCAGCUAUUACAUCUGGCGUAAAAGACCUGGAAGACAUGCUGCAAUAAAUGGAAUGAAGAUUUCGGCUGUCGACCAAAGUAUCCUGAAGGAGAAUGUCCGCUCAUCUGUUUGUGACCUCAAUCAGAAACCAACUUGGGUUCCGCAGCAGGACAAUGAUCCAAAACACACCAUCGCCACAGUUGUCAUCCUUCUUAUUUGCUCAUCAUCACUGCUUGUGGACCACAGCUUCAGUCAAAGAAACAACGACAGAGUUCCAAAAACACAUUCGUAUGUUUGCUAAAAUGGAGGAAUGGGAGAUUCCAACGUCCCCAGGAUUAGAAGAGAACAUGUCCGCUCCAGUGGUCAACAGGUCAUGCGAGAACUUGGAAUGCUACAUGGUCCUACUGGAUGCGGAGAAGACGGCCAUUGGCUCCAUCUGUUUCCUGGCGGGUCCCGUAACGCUGCUAGAGAACGCUCUCAUCCUGGGCGUGAUCGUCGCCACGGCUUCGUUGCGCCACCGACCCUCCUACCUUUUCAUUGGCAACCUGGCUCUGGCUGACGUCUUCGCCAGCUGCUUCUUCACCACCAGCUUCCUGGACUUCCACCUCUUCCGCCGAAGUGACGGCCCCACCGCCUACCUCUUCAAGCUGGGCGGCGUGACCAUGGCCUUCACUAACUCGGUGGGCAGCCUGCUGCUGACCGCCGUUGACCGCUACCUGUGCAUCCACCGGCCCUCCGGCUACAAAGUGCUGCUGACCCGCCGUCGAGCCCUCAUGGGGCUACUCGCUCUCUGGAGUGCCACUAUCUUCAUCUCCUCCUUACCGCUGAUGGGCUGGAGGUGUCCCACCGGGCUUGCGUCGCCCUGCUCCCGCCUCUUUCCCUACAUCAGCCAGGGCUACCUAGUCUGCUGGACCAGCUUCACCCUGGUCCUCCUGGCUCUCAUCCUGGGAGCUUACGCUCUCAUCCUGUGGAAGGCCCACCGCCAUGAAUCCUCCAUGACUGUUCUCCACGCAGGCCACGCUCGUAUGAGGAUGGACAUCCGCCUGGCGCGUACCUUCGGCCUGAUCCUGCUCACGCUGGUGUGCUGCUGGCUUCCUGCGCUCUCCUUCAUGCUGGCCGACGUCGCCGUGGUCCUGACUCACACCCAGCAAAGGGCCUUCGCCUUCUGCAGUACCCUCUGCCUUCUAAAUUCCGCUGUCAACCCCCUGCUGUACGCCCUGCGCUGCCGAGAGUUAAGACUCGCUCUAGUGCACCUGCUGGAGGUCCUCGGUGAGGCUGCCAAGUGUAAAAAGUCCACCCCAAGACUUCCACCCAGGGAGGACAACAUCUGUACUAGCCACUCUGAUGUGGAUGCGCCCAGAAGCUCACACUUUUGCACCGUUUUGGAAAUGUCUGACAAGCAGUAGCUGGCAACUGAGUAGCGAAACCAAUGUUUUGAAGCACAUGCGGAGGUAGAUGGAGCUGUGGGGUUAAAAAAAAACUACAUCGGGAGGUUGCCCACAGCCACAGCCGUUCUUGGCGCGAAGUAGAGACCUUGCUUUGGUAGACCACGCACUCUGACUUUUGGAGAUACUGUGGUUUAGUGAAUAGAGGCAGAGCAUUUAUCUAAUGGCGGCGUGAGCAAACUUGAACAAGCAUACACAGUGGAACCUCUAAAGUCUUACAGUUCUGAGUUCAACCAAAAAAACACGACUUAAGGCUUAUUUUUAGGCAAUGUCUCCGAAAGAUAACAAUGAUGGCAAAGCAACUACAAAAUGUGAUCCUAACCACAGAACUAAUGUAGCAAUGCUGUAGCAUCUGUAAUGCUAGUACAAUAUGGCGAGCUUAAUACUUUUUACAUUUGUAAGACAGCUAAAACUAUAUAAAUGUCACUUAUAAAAUUGUUAAUAAAGUUUAAAAAGUUUUUAUUAUAGCGAAGCUUUGACCCUGGAACAGAUUAAUUGGGUGUCCAUUAUUUGCAAUGGGAAAAAUAGAUAUAAUGUAUAGUUUGUGUUCAACCACAUAGAGGUUCCACUGUAGCAGUAAAGGCUAUUAAAUUAAACCAAUAUUAAACCAAUAUCAGUAGCAAAAAAACAAACAAAACAAAAAUAAAUAAAAAGUAAUAAACUAGCUGGGUUCCUCCCACAUUCCAAAAACAUGCUAGGUUAAUUGGCGACUCCAAAUUGUCCAUAGGUAUGAAUGUGAGUGUGAAUGGUUGUUUGUCUAUAUGUGCCCUGUGAUUGGCUGGUGACCAGUCCAGGGUGUACCCCGCCUCUCGCCCGAAGACAGCUGGGAUAGGCUCCAGCACCCCCGCGACCCUCGUGAGGAAAAAGCGGUAGAAAAUGAAUGAAUUAAUGAAACUAGCGGGGAUCAAACAGAUCAGAAAUUAGAAUAUUUGGGUAUUUUGAAGUAAAGUAGUGUAGUACAUGAGUGGGUAAGUACACUGUGAUUAAAUAUAAUAUGUACUAUUUACAUUGUAGGAUUUAUUUAUUUAUUUAUUUUCAGGUAAUUUAGUAUGCACUAGAAAUAGACCAUGACCCUUGACCUCCCGUAUCCACAUUUCAGCAUUCUCCAGCUAAGAAAUAUUGUCCCGUGCCGAUCAACAGCGACCUUUCACCUCAGGAGAAAGGUGGAAUUACUGUGAGGUAUGCUUGUAUACGUUUGCAGGCGGGGGUGAUGGGGGCCUGUCCUAUCUGCACAUGAAUGCCGGGACUCCACAAAGACCCCCGUGUCAAGAGGGAUUUGGCACAAACAGUUCCCUGCAUGAAUCUGAGUGGUGUGUGAAGGUAAAUGGGGCCCAUGCCUGGAAGAAAACACUACUAGAACAUUCUUUGUUGUGAGAGACUACACACUGGAAGCACCUAUUGGCUUCAUACAGAUGACAAAACCGUAACACUAGUAUUCGAGUAAGUCGAUUAAACCCUUAAUCCUUAAAAA